AAAAAUGUAUUUGAGAAAACAUGUCAUCGAAUUCAUCGACACUGUUCAGAAAAUGGAAAAAAAUUUAUAGGAUUUCAAGGACCUCGAGGACCGCCUGGGCCCCAAGGCCCAGCAGGUCCAGCAGGUAAAAGAGGACCCCAAGGAGAAAUGGGACCUACUGGAUUAGUUGGAAAUAUUGGCGAGGAUGGGCAAUGUAAUUGUUCAUUUCCCGAUUUGUAUGUUUAUCCAAUUGCGGUUACCAGGCUUGUGCCAUUCGUACCAACUGCCUCAGGUGUCGUACCACCAGCAGAAAGAGAAACUUUGUUUGAUGGAUUGAAUGAAACUGAUUUUUAUCAAAAAACAACCACAAUUAUACCUUAUGAAGGACCACCAACUCUUGGAUAUAAUAGAAGAGAAUGUUUAUUGGAUGCAGUUGGAAUACCGGUCUUACACGCUGAAUCCCAGUAUAGUUCAGUUGGCUCAUGGAUGCGUGAUAGUUUACCAGUUAGCGAAAAAAUGGCUGAAAUAAGAUGGGUCACUGAUGAAUAUGCUUCUCCCGUUCUAUAUGAAUAUGAAAAUGAACGUCAGUUGAUGAAUAAAAAACAAAAAAUCAAAUAUUACGUUGACUAUUUGGCAUCGGGAACAGGAAAUAUUAUUUAUAAUGGUUCUUAUUACUAUCAUCGGCAUGGAUCAACUUUUCUUGUAAAAUAUGACCUCCAAUCGACCCAUCAAAUUCAACAGGAUUUUGGCAAUAUAUCACAUUUAGAUUGUGCUCGAAAACCUGAUCAUACAUUUGAAAAUUGUAAUGAAACAAAUCGUGAUAAAUGGUUAUAUAAUCGUCCGCACAAUUACGUUGAUUAUGCAGCUGAUGAAAAUGGCCUUUGGGUCGUUUAUAUUCGCUCUAAGCGUUCACAUAUUACAGUCAGUAAAAUUGAACCGGAUUUUUACAUUGUUCAUACCUGGGAUAUCGAAGAACUGAAUGCGACAGAAAUUGCUGAUACGUUUAUCAUGUGUGGCGUACUGUAUGGUUUGAAAAGUGCUACAGAUCGCGAUACUAUAAUAUCGUUCGCAUACGAUUUAUACAAGAACGAAAAAAUUGACAUCGAUGUUAAUUGGUAUAAUCCCUAUCAAGGUAUGACAAUGCUUGAUUACAAUCCCAUCGAUGGUCGUUUAUAUUUCUUUGAUUCGAAACGUCUUCUAAGUGUUAAUGUACGAGUGGAUAGUGAUGAAGACCAAUCGAAUGAUAUAUCGCAAUUUGAAUGA